GUGGGUCUUUCGACUAAGUGCGUUGCACCUAGAGAGAAAAAAUGAACAACGAUGAUGUAAUAUGGCAUACAAUCAACCAUUCCUUUUGUUCAUUUGUUGUUAAAACUAAAACAGGCCGAUUCUGUAGAAAUGGUGAUAAUGUCACAGGAUUGUGUAAUAGACAUUCCUGCCCAUUGGCUAAUUCUCAAUAUGCAACAAUUAAAGAAAGAGACGGUAUUAUCUAUUUGUAUGUUAGAGAACCUGAACGUAUCCCCUAUCCUGGUAAACAAUGGGAACGGAUAAAGCUACGCCGGAAUAAAGAACAAGCAUUGAAACAGAUUAAAGAGCACUUGUUAUACUGGGAUAAAUGGAUGAUAAGUCGUGUUAAACAACGCUAUUUUCGUACAAGAGAUUAUCUUAAAAAUAUGCGACGUUUAGCAUUGUCAAGACAGAAAAAACUGGAACCGAUUAAUCGUACAGUUGAAAAACGUGAAUUAAGAAGAGAAGCUAAAGCAUUGCGUGUAGCACGUAUUGAAAGAACUGUAGAACAAGAGUUAUUAGAGCGGUUACGUGCAUCGACAUCAUCUAAAGAAAUAUAUAAUAUUGAUCAGUCGGCUUUUGAAAAAGCUUUAGAAGCUGAAGAAAUACACGAUGAAGAAUCUGAAGAAGAGGAAGAGGAAGAAGAAUACGAAGAGAAUGAUGAAGAGAUCGCCUACACUUCAGGAUCUGAUAUAGAAGAAGACAUUGAAGAUAUUGCUGCUAUUGAUGAAGGCAGUGAAGAGGAGGAGGAGGAAGAGGCAGAACAUAAUCUUGUCUUAGCGAAUCCUACAAAGAAACGUAAAGUUACUAUUCAUUAUGAAAAAGAUGAGGAUGACUGAACAGCCUUCAACCAGCUGAUUGUUGUAUGUAUAUAUAUUGUGUAUAUUUUAGUGGAAUAAUCAAUAAUUUUUACACAUCCCCUCGCACACACACACAAAUAACAAGCAGAACAUGGAAUUUUUUUUCAAAAAUAUCCUUAAUUGAAUCCUUGUUUGGUUAUUUUUCACAAUAGCGUAACUGGUUUGGUUUAUAUGAAAUGUUUUGCUAGUGAUGGUUUCAAAACCUAAUUUUUAAAUACUUUUGUACAAUUUUUCAUUGUAAUUUCUAAAGUGAACGACCAGAGACAGAGAGAGAGAGCUAUGAUAAACAUUUCAUAUUUGUGGAAAACA